AUGUCAUCGACCUCGUCGUCACAACCAAGCCAGGGGUCCGCCGCAGCGAACCCGACCCAAUACGACCAAAUCGGCCAGUCGUACGAGUCCAUGAAACGAGUCCCCGGCUCAUUGCUCGAGCGCAACAACCUCCGCGACGCGAUCGUGCCGUUUCUCACGCUUCGCCCGGGCAGCAGCGAGCAUGGCAACAGCGGCGCCGGCGCCGGCGCCGGCGGCGAUGGUGGUGCUGGGAUCUCGGUUCUCGACCUCGCAUGCGGCACGGGGUUCUACUCGCGCCUGGUCCUCGAAUGGGCCUCGACCUCGUCUUCGCCGGUCCGCCGCGUCGUGGGCAUGGACAUCUCGCCGACCAUGGUGGCAGCCGCGGAGCGCUCGUCCGAGAAUCUCGAUGCGUUUCGCCAGGGCAGGUUGAAGUUCGCGGUCGGGGACGCUACGAAGCCUCUCCCACGGGAAAUCUUCUCGGACGAUCCUAACAACACUUCCCCUUCUUCUUCUUCUUCCUCUAACAAGUUCGACGUGGUCCUCGGCGCGUGGCUCCUCAACUACGCCCCCUCAACCCAGGCCAUGACGGACAUGUUCGCCAACAUAUCCGCCUCGCUCCGGCCCGGCGGGCACUUCGUCGGCGUCACACCACAUCCCGCAUGGGACCUGGACGGCUUCGCGGCCCUGCACGCCGACCAGGCCGAGAUACUGCGCCGCUUCGGCGUCGCCGUCUCUUACGUGUCGCCCCUUGCUUCCGGCGAGGGAUACCACACGCGCGUCACCGCGCGCGUUGUUGCGUCCCAGGCACAGUCCCAGUCCCAGUCCCAGCCCGCCGCCGCGCUGCCCUCACAACAACAACACCACGUGCAGCAGUCCGUGGAUGAGAUCUCGUUCGAGAACUUCCACCUCCGCCGCCAGUGUUACGAGACCGCCGCCCGCGCGGGAGGCAUGCGCGGCGCAUUAAAGUGGGUUGCUGUGGACCUACCAAGGACGGACGAGGAGAGUUUGAGAGAGUAUGGUGUCGGGAUCGACUACUGGGACGGGUGUGAGGAGAGGCCGCAUUUUGGCGUCUUGGUGGUUCAGAAGUGA